AUGUCCUGUUGCGAAAGUGAAAAUCUACUGCUCUUCUUAUUGGCCUCUUUGGAAUUGAUCAUUCCUCGUGGUUCUUUAACCGGGAGAAUUCCCUAUUGCCUUGCGAAUUCACUUGAAAUUCAUUGGAUACUUGUUUCAUCUUUUUUGAGAUUUCUAAGUGCUCGUAGAAGCUAUACGCAUGAAUCAGACACUCUGUUGAAUGUCUUCUUGGCCAUUGCGGUGGACAACUUGGCGAAUGCUCAAGAACUCACAGCUGUGGAGGAAGCAGAGAAGAAAAUCGCGGAGCAGUUUCCUUUCAAGCAUGUGCUCAACUUUCUCUCUCUCCACUCCACAGCUCCAACUCCAUCGGAGACAGACUGGCAAGGUACUACGAAGACGGUGAGUUCGGCGUGUCUUCGAUGGAAAUUCUUGCGUGUAAUAUGGACAGGCGUGAGCCUUCUUUAA